AUGGCUGCUGCUGUUGCCAUAGACAAAGCGGAGAUAGCGAUGUUGGCCCUUGGGUUCACGCCUACCGACGAGAUCGUUAAGGCCCGAGACCAACUUGGGAUAAAGACCCAAGAUGAGUUUAUGAAGUGGGCUAGAGGGACCUUGGAGGCUGCUGCUGUUGAUGCUCUGAAGGUUGGGGAUUUGGGAGGUAGGACACUGGGUACGGCUACUAACAAAAAUACUCAGAGUUGCCUCUCUGACCGACUCUGUCUGUCGAAUACCUUCCUUCUCUGCACUUAG